UGCAAAGCUGUCGGGCAUUCGUGGGGAAUUCUGGGACAGUAAGGUAGGGAACCAUAUUUUUCCGACAUCACAUAUGCGAAAAUAUUGUGGAGGGAAAGCGUAGUAAGUGGUGUAAAUUCUUUCAGUGAAUAUUUUUGUGGAAGAAGAUAAAUUUUGAAGAUUUAAAAGUUUAAUGUUCGUAGUGUUUAGUUUGUUGGUGCCGCGAAGUUGUGUAGGCGAAUGAAAACAAGUAAGAUCGUGCAGGUGUUGAAUGGUUUACUAGUUGUGUUGAUGACAUUGGUAUAAAAACAACCGUGGAUUAUUCGCAUAGCCCGUUAGUGCCGAGGUGUUGGUUUUAGUGUGAUGUCAAAAAGGAUUUGUUGCAGUGUUAUUCAUGUAUAUGCAUCAAAUACGUCAUGCAGAAUCUAAUGAGGGUAGUGGUGCACCAGUGUUUGUGUCCUGCUCCAGUGAUGGUGGUGGCUCCAUUACCGGUUACAUUGUUGGACGAUGGCUGGCAAGCCUGAGCCGCCGCAGCAUCAUAUUCAACAUCAACAGCAGCAACAACAGCAACCUCCCAGUGUACAAAAUGUGGUAGUGUAUGUUUCCAAUGAUAACUUCACGCAAGCUUAUGCUGUCAACCAUCAAAAUGUUGCUUCCUAUCAACACCAGUCUCAACAGAAUGGAAGUGAAACAACUGUUUUUAAUAAUUCAUCACAGUCUGUGGCCCCCUUAGUGGUUCCUGGAAAAACUAUUUGUAAGCCUCCAGUUAAAACUCAGGACUUUUCAAACAAUGGCCUUGUUGGUAGUGUGGCUGAUCCUCAUCCACCAGGCUUCUAUGCAACCAGUGCUUCAGGUGUUUCUCAGACAAAUGGUUUUCAUCAUUGUCAUAGUCCAAAUGUAAUUAAUAAUCUUAUGUACAGUAGUAACAAUGCUGGUCAUAGUGGUACAAUUCUGAAUCAAGGUUUUAGUGCAGCAUCCCUGAAAAACAUAGUGAAUUUAGGAGGCCACACAAUUGGUCAGCAGCAGGCUGUGUGCCCAAAUGUGGAAACACCUCCAGUGUUAGGAGUAAAUGGGGAGCUGUGUAAUGGCUAUGCAAUUAAUCCUCAGCAAACACAUACUCGGGUGACUGUUUCGUGUGCUCAGCCUUUCUUUAGUGGGCAAGAGCAGAAGAGUACAGUGUCACACAGUGAUGCGUCGAGUUCAACAGUGUCAUUAUCAGCAAGUAACUACCUUACUUCUCAGGGUGGAGAUGGAAACUUUGUGACUGUGAUGGGGGGUGAUGGGGGUGGAGCGGCAGCUUCUAGUGGCUCUGUUGUCUUCCCAAGGUGUGAUUCUGUUCGAUCAGAAACAGCGGAAUCUAGUUGUAGCAGUUUAAGUUCUGCUGACAGCCAGCCCGAUGGUAGUGGGUCAAUGGCAUUGCUGUUGCAAUCUGCUGCACCAGUGUCGCACCAAGCUGCUACCACAGCUGCUGCAUCUGUCAAUCAACACCAUUUUGCAGCCAGUGGUAGUAAUAGUGUAGUGCAGCAGAGUUCAGGGAGUGCCACGAUAAAUAAUGGAAUGAUGAUGUUGAACAACAAUGUGAAUGUUCAGCACACAGGUCAACAGGCAGCAGGAUUAGUGCGGACUGCUAGUGGUGCCAUAUCUCUAUCUCAACAACAAUUAGGCAACAUUGUGUUGGCGAUGACAGUGAACAAUAAUCAACAGUUACCUGCACCUACUGUAAAUGCAGCACAUGUGAAUCAGACCAUUACUCCUGCAGUUCAGUUACCAACAGUGCCAACACAAACGACAAUUACAGUGCCAUUUGGCUGGAAGAGACUCAACGUUAAUGGUUCCAUCGUCUAUAUCAGGUGUCGACGCGGCCGUGGGCGAUGCCGCCCGAAUCCGCCUCCUCCGGCGACCUCACCAAGCUGUGCAACCACAAGCGGAAACUGAUGGCCAUCGCCACGCUGGCCGGCGGCGGUGGCUCCACC